AAACUCACAGCACUCUGCACUUCUCCUGAGUAGUCUUGUUGCCAUAUGAUAUUACCAUUAUGGUGAAGAUGAUUCUGGUGUUGUUCCUGCUGUGUUCAGGAUUUUCUCACUUUGCAUUUGCAUCAAACCGCCUUCGACGUUUCAGAAUUCCUAAUAAAAUUAAAAGGGUGAAACAUACUGAAGCGCUGAAAGCAUGUAACCAGACCGAUGAAAAACUCGUAACUCUCUAUGAUGAAGAGGAUGCCAAUUUCAUAGUGGAAUUUCUGAAAAAUAAGACUCAUGGAGAGCCAAAACCUACCUGGCUUGGUCUGCAUAAGAAUCGAAGCAUCACUUGGUCAGACGGUACCGCUGUCAAUGUCAGUGAGUCACCUGUGAAUGAAAAACCUGGGUAUCCGAUAUGUGAAGCUAUUGACAACAACAUACGGACAGGUUUUAAUUGUUCAGAAAAUAAAUUUUUCAUGUGCUACAAGGAUAAUCUUUACAACCUGAUUGAAAUCAACAAGACCUGGUGUCAGGCUCUGCAGUACUGCAAAAAACAGAAUGCUAACUUGGUCAGCAUCAGUAACAAAACACAGUUAGUCGAAGUGACUGCAAAGGGACAGAACACAAGCUUUUGGAUUGGACUCAUGCAUGAUGAUUGGCAGUGGCAUGACAGGAGUUGCUCUUCAUUUAGAGAAUGGACGGAUAGACCCGAAGAAGGUUUCAUGAGAAUCAGAGUCAUCAAUGAAAGUAUGAAUUGGGAAGAGGCCUUAAACUACUGCAAGGCUAACCACACAGGCCUGCUGAUGAUCUAUGAUGAGGAAGAGCAGAAAGCUGUGGAGGAAUGGCUAACAUACAGUCAGGUUGGUCAGGUUGAUGGCCGUAAUCACACUCACAAAACUGGAAAAGUGCCCACACCAGCGGCAGCCAGCUGUAUCUUCAACAGGCAUGCAAACAUCUGUAAGAACCAGGAUCCGUAUCACUGCACUCUUAACUCCCAAACGGAGGCCUUCCUCAUUAAGGGGAUGGAAGCGUUUCAGAUUUUCUCUUCCACCUCCUCCUCCUCCUCCACCUCCUCCUCAUUCUCCUCCUCGGCACGACAGUGUGGGAAGCGCUUGAUUGACAGUAGUGACUCUGAGAUGCUUGAUGGAUACGACCCAGACCGGGACCCUCUGACUCACUUUGACAUCUGGUCCGGAUACAACAGUGACAGUGACAGCAGCAUCGAAUUCUCCUUCCAAACAGACACGUAUCUCAUGAACUGA